GAGUGAUGCUCUCGUUUCAUAUGCCCAUAACAUCUGAAGUCUUAAGACGACUUUACCCGAAAAGUGUGGACAAUCAGCUGCGGCUGUCAUGUUUAAUAAGUAAAUACGCGGGUGGCGACCACUGGGGGUGUCGAUUAAAAUAUUUACGAGGCGAAAUCAACGUUUAUCUCAGAAGAUCGUGUCUUUUGGGAUCGAAACGAUGAGCACAAGAAAGGGAAGCCAAACCUGCCUCCUCGCUUAUGGCGAAACGAAUGUGUGUAAAGCUUAGCUGAAGUGUCUGAGACUGCAGACAGGGCUGAAUGUGCGCAGGACUUUACUUAAAGCACUAAAGCGACUCGCAUGAAGGACACGGGUCUGUCAAUGCCUGUCCUUGGAGUAUAGAUGUGCAGAAGUAUUUUAUUUAUUUAAAUUGUCCGGUCUUUUGUGACAUUACGCGACGGGGACACUGACAGUGGCUGCUGCCUCCGAAGCCUGAGGGCUGCGCUGAGCGGAUCAUGCAUAAGGCGUCAUUUUCGCAAGCAAAGAUCGAGAGAAAUCGGUAAAGAAAUACUUUAAAGUGGGUCAACAUAAGCCGCGGGGCAAAGUACUUCUCCUUUUUCCACACUCCUUUGACAAUUUUUUAAACUAUUCCGGGGAGGGGGGCGAUACAGGAUCUACUGGUACAUCUAUAUGCCCCGAACAACAAACCAGAUUCUAUCAGAAAGGCUUGGGACCGAACCGAUGUAGUUUUUGCCGAACUUGGAUGUAUUUUGUUUAUUGCUGCAAAGCAAAAGAGCACAUGUACUGUAAGAAGGAAGGACUGUUUCCUUGCAGCAUUAAUUCGUGCCACUUGCGGAUAUGGUGUGUUACAUAUAUGUACGUGUGUGCGUCUGGAUAUACUUCAUUGCUCCUGGCAAUUUAGAAAAGCCAUGUAACGUUAUCAUGUGGGAAAAGUAACGCCUGUUUGAGCUAUAAUGACUUAAAGCUGGACGAUAUUCUCAUCGAUGACAGACGACGGACCUCGUACUUAAGGAAACGCUGCGAUAGAAAGUUUAAAAAAAAGUCGUAUAUAAUCUGCCUCGUGUCGAACGGACGAAACAUCUUUUCAGUAUAAAUAAACCCCAACGGAAACAGCAGAAAGAGAAAAGAGGGCAACCGAUUUGAUAUAUAUCUACAAAUAAAGGUUUGGGAAAAUGCACAGGAUCAAUCUGCAGGUAUUGUCGAUCUUGGUGACCACAGUAUUUGGAGCCGAAGCAGACAUUACCUGUGAAGCUCUGCUCCUCUCCGGAAACAGCACAGUGCGCUCUUUAGCAUCAUGGAAUCAGACGGCAACAUCUGGCAACAUCACAGGUUUGUUUUGCAACACUUCAAUAGACGGGAUCGGCACCUGCUGGCCCAGGACCAGUGCAGGGGAGAUGGUCUCGAGGCCUUGCCCGGAAUACUUCUACGGAGUGCGGUACAACACCACCAACAACGUGUACAGAGAGUGCCUCUCCAAUGGGACAUGGGCAAUGAAAGGCAAUUACUCACAGUGUCAAGCCAUCCUGAAUGAAGAGAGAAAGAGUAAGCUGCACUACCACAUAGCGGUGAUCAUCAACUACCUGGGCCACUGCAUCUCCCUCGCAGCCCUUCUGCUGGCCUUCGUCCUCUUCAUGCGCCUGAGGAGCAUCCGCUGCCUAAGGAACAUCAUUCAUUGGAACCUCAUCAGCGCCUUCAUCUUACGCAACGCGACCUGGUUCAUCGUCCAACUCACCAUGAACCCAAAGGUCCACGAGAGCAACGUGAUCUGGUGUCGGCUGGUUACGGCGGCGUAUAAUUAUUUCCACGUCACCAACUUCUUCUGGAUGUUUGGCGAGGGCUGCUACCUUCACACGGCCAUAGUGCUCACCUACUCUACAGAUAAGCUGCGCAAGUGGAUGUUCAUAUGUAUCGGCUGGUGCAUCCCCUUUCCAAUUAUCUUUGCCUGGGCCAUCGGCAAGCUGUAUUAUGAUAAUGAGAAGUGCUGGUUUGGAAAGAGGGCAGGCGUUUACACAGACUACAUUUACCAAGGUCCAAUGAUCUUGGUAUUGCUGAUCAACUUCAUUUUCCUUUUCAACAUUGUGAGGAUCCUCAUGACCAAGCUCAGAGCUUCCACCACAUCCGAGACGAUACAGUACAGGAAAGCUGUGAAAGCCACGUUGGUCCUCCUGCCUCUCCUUGGCAUUACUUACAUGUUGUUCUUCGUAAAUCCUGGAGAGGAUGAAAUUUCGCAGAUUGUAUUUAUAUACUUCAACUCAUUUCUGGAAUCUUUUCAGGGCUUCUUUGUAUCAGUCUUCUACUGCUUCUUAAACAGUGAGGUCCGGUCGGCCGUCCGGAAGCGCUGGCACCGCUGGCAGGACAAGCACUCCAUUCGGGCCCGAGUGGCCCGCGCCAUGUCCAUCCCCACGUCGCCCACCCGGGUCAGCUUUCACAGCAUCAAGCAGUCCUCAGCGGUGUAAGAGACGCCCAUUAACACCCCAGCCCACCUCAGCCCGCUAAGCAGGGACUACAGCUAUGGUACAAACAGGGUAUACUCACCAAAUAGCAUUGUCUGCCCCCUCCCUAACCCUUUUCAUCCAAUAAAACAAUAUUCCCGUGUGAUUCGGAGAGUCUUAGUAAAAUGUUUCGUACUAUCCACGAUAACACAGCAACGAGAGGCAAGAGAAACAAAAUCUAUGCAAGAAGAAUAUUAAAAAUGCAAAGUAAAGAUAAAGCAUCACCUUCACAGCAGAUAUUCAUAGCUGGAGAUCUUACUAAUACGUGUUCAGUCACAUUCAGUCAAUUGUUUCAUCCGCGCAUCGUGUAUAAAUAAUGUGAUCAGUGUUGGCAGUUAUCAAGCCUUUUGUCAAAUACACUUGAAACACUUGAAAAAAAUCUGUUGUCUAUAACUGAAAUAUAGUGUUUCUGAUAUAAGUUGCUUUAUGUCUUGAUCUAAAUGGGCCCCUCACUGUAUUAAUCAUAUUAAUGAUUCAAACUCUGCAUGAGAGAUGCCAUUGGAGGCACGUAGAAAUUCUGUAUCCAAACAUACCAGAGAGGAUUAGUUACCUGACAUUUUUAUCUAACCAAAAUAAAUAAAUGGAUGGAUCUGUGUAAUCAAAACCCACACAAUUUCUUUUGUGUGUGCUGUAUGACAGUGUUUCCCAAUCUGCUCCUCAGGGAUCCGCAGAUGGUCCACGUUUUUGAUCCAUCCCAGGUCCCUGCCUGACAGCCCACAAUUUAGGGAGCUGGGAGGCAGCAAAAAUGUGGACCAUCUGCGGGUCCCCGAGGACCUGAUUGGGAAACACUGCUGCAAAUGACUGUAGAAAUAGCUAAGAACUAGAAGAAGUGUUCAGUCCUUAAAAAAACCGAAGAUAAUGGCAGUAGUUGUGCGCAGACCCGUAAUUGUGGUGUUACACUGUUACUGUUCUCUGACUGAGCCUGGGAUUUUAUUUUGUAUUGAAAUGGCAUUUAAAAAAUCAUGAUAGAACAUUUCUUAUAUAAUAAUUACAGACGCUCCUCUACUUACGAUCCUUCAGCCUACUGUAAAUGGCAACUUUCAGACAUACGAACGAAGAGGAUUGUAAGUCCAAAUUGUGUUCAUUGGGCUCCCGUUUCCUGUCCGCAACAUCAUUUUCUGCACGGCAAUUCCGCCUACUAUGACUUCUGCCCGCUACUCCCGCCGCGCAGCAGCUUAGCGUGCGAACUCCCAGCAUCCUAGGUCUUUGUACUUGCGUAUACCCUUAAAAUGAUGAAUAAUGACUUACGAACAUUUCAAGUUGCGAACGGCUGUUCGGAACGUAUCUCAUUCGUAAGUAGAGGAGCGUCUGUAUAUGGACCUUUUUAUAUUUUUAUUUUUCAACAUCAUGUUGUCAUGGCUUCAAAUACAUUCAGUUUCCACUAAGGAAAAUGUCCACUGUAUAUA